CCGAUAAUAAUGGCUACGUAAAUCUCGGAACCUAAGAUUCAUAGUUUUUCAAACCUCAUUCCAACGGUUUAGUGUGUUCAGCAUCAAAUUUUCAAAAACAUUAGAGUCGGCAUGAAUAUUUUUCUGUCAGUUUUCGUCAGCUUGCUGGUCGUCUAUUUAAAUGUCAGCUUGGUUCAAGGUAUCAAAUGCUGGACAUGCGAUGGAAAAAACAGUUUAAAGGAAUGUCAUGCACAGUACGGGAAAAUGUUGGAAUGCUCCCAACCAGACCAUGUCUGUCAAAACGAUUAUCGAACUGUGAGAGGUAAACCACUUAUUAUAAAGGGAUGUAAACAAGAACGAGCUUGCAUAACAGAAGUCAAACAGAACAAAAAUGACAAUCAAUGUGGAAGAGUCAGAUUGUUGAAAAAUCUUGUUUGCAGAUGUUGUUGCUCAUUCUCAGGAUGUAAUUCCAAAGAAUCCGGAUGUCUACCACGUAAGAAUGUAUAUCGAACAAAUAUAGUAGCCAUCGGGGCUACUUGA